UUGAAAAUGUCUUUCGUGCGGUUCGGUUAGUGCAACGGGUAUAAAUCCAGCUGUCGCUUCGGCUUCCACUGGCAACUGGCAAACACACACAGAGAGAAGGGACAAAGGCAUGCAUGCCAUGCCCCAAAAGUAAACAGCAACAAGAACAGCAGAGCUUCGCAAUAAUUAAAUAACAUUUGUCCAGCACACACAAAAUUGUGGCACUCGAGUGCUCAAAUCACCCGGGGACUACCCCACUAAAAUACAAAAUACCAAAAAAAAAAAUACAAAAAGAAUAAACACGAUUCCCCCCCUCGCAAAACAAGUGAAUAUAUAUGCCGGCAUUUACAUCCACAUCUCUGUAUGUUCAUGUCCAUCGCACAGCAACAAAGAUAACCCGCCGAUGCUCCGUGGUUUAGUGGCAAUUUGCAUUUAUGAACUGUACGCCGGCACUCACCGUGCAUACGAAAAGAAACCCAUCCUUAAGAAGGGCAGGCAGCAGCCAUCGAUAAUCAAAGUCAGCCAAGAACUGCCACUGCCUCCAGACAGAGUGAAUGAGCGAGUCCUUUGAAGUCCUCGAACCUUUGUGCGGUGUCUAUGUGUGAGAGAGAUAGAGAGAGAGAGUGCGGUGUGCAAAAGUGUGAAAAAGCGCAAAAUAAAUAUUAAAAGCAAAACGUGCGUGGAUUAGAAAGCAUAACCCGUAGAGCAGCGACCAUACGGCUGCCACUGCUGCUGCUGGAAAGAUCUGAAAGAGCUCGCCGCAAUAAGCAGACAACGCCGCCAGCAGACGGCGGCGUCUGGCGCCGGAACUGUCUAGCGGCGCAGCCGACAAGAAGGGGCAGCAGCCACACAGCAGGAGAAACGGGAGACUGUAUCCGCAGAAGGAACAGCCACAAGAAGGAGGAGCAGCAACAACAACAACAGCAGAAUAUACACACAGAAAAAUGGCCAGCCAACGGGAGGCCAAGGGAGCAGCAGAUCGAGGAAGAAGUGCUUCUCGAGGUCGAGGAGUAGGAGUCUUGCAUUCCACAUUCAAUAUGCUGGCAUUCAGCUGGAUUAUCAUCUCCGAGCUAAUGCUCAGUGCUCAUUGCCUAAAGGAUCUGAAGAUAUUCGUGCCGGAGGCCGUCAUCAUGGGAAAUGCAGCGACAUUGUCUUGUCAAUAUGAUUUGGAGCAGGCAGCGCUGUACGCCGUGCGCUGGUACUUUGGCCAGGAGGAGUUCUAUCGCUAUGUACCCCGCGAGGCCAAGCCCACAUUUGUCUUCGCCGUUGCCGGCAUUAAUGUUGAUCUCACCAAUUCUGAUGCCACGUCCGUCACGUUGAAAGGUGUCACCCGAGAGCUGAGCGGCAGCUAUCAGUGCGAGGUCUCCGAGGAUGCGCCGCUCUUCCACACCGAGAUACGGUCGGCGCACAUGCAGGUGAUUGAGCUGCCCAAAGAUGAUCCGGUGAUGCAGGUGGACAAGAAGGUGAUUGGCGCCAAUGACAACUUCAAGGCUGUGUGCACUGUGGGUCCCUCCUAUCCGCCGGCGAACAUAACAUGGUACAUCAACGGACGAAAGAUUUAUAAAACACCCCUGCAGCGCAUCACACAGGACGCGUUUGAGGGCUCGACCACGUACUCCUCGCUGGAGAUCUAUCCGCACAGCCAGGUGCUGCAGGGCUUCUUCCAAGCGAUGCCCAAAUACCAGCCCAACAUUAUGCUGCUCUGCGAGGUCUCCAUACUACAUGUGUUCCACAAGAGCGUUCAGCAGCGUAUCGGGCUGAGCAAUGCGCCGCCAACCACCAUUUCGCCCAAUCUACUCGGUCUCGAGGGCUCCAAGCGGUAUGCCAAUGGCGAUCCGGAUAACUCGGCGCUCACCGGCGCCUCACAGUGCAUCUGCUGCAGCGCUUUGGGCUCUGUCACCCUCGCAUUGGCCACGCUGGCGGUGGCACAGCUGUGACCGGUAUAUGGGGCAACAUAAACAAUUAUUAUUGGAAAGCAAACACACAGAAGAGUGGCGAAGGAAGGGGAGCAGGAGGAGGAGCAGAAGGAGGCGGCGGCACAUAAAGUGUAAUUAAAAAAUAACAAAAACAAGAAACUAUACAAAAAUAUGAAUGAGUAUGUGGAUGCAACGUGCUUAAUUGCAACACAAACCAGAAAUAAAACAACAACAAAAAAUAUGGAAAAUAAAAAAAAAAAAACCUGCGAGGGGGGAAAAACGAGGAGAAAAAUCGUUGUCAGCGCCUAGUAAAAUGUCCUUGUAUUUUAUAUUGUUUUUUAUUUGCCACGAAACAGGGGUCGCGUCGCACAUCGCAGGUUCACAGUUCAAAUUGAGGUAUAUUUUCAAUGCAUUUAUUCAUUUGCGGCCAUUCUUCAUGCAACAUUCCGAUAAUAACGAACUAUAAUAUUCAGUCAUAAGUGAAAGCUGCAGUGAAAGGCUACACUUUCACAGAAGAUCAGGCGAGCGUAAAGGCGAGAUGUUAAAAUAAUUAAUGUUUAAAAAAAAAAAAAAAAGAUAUAUAAUAGAUUGAAUACGUAACAAGGCGUAGCAGAUUGUUGUGGAUCGAUGGAAGAGCAUUAAAAUAGUGAAAAGUAAUCCAUAAAUUUAAUUUAAUUAAAAUUAACACACGCAAAACUAAUUGCAUAUUAAAAAAGUGGCAACAAAAAAAACACAACAAUUAAUAAGCAUAAGUCAGAGAUCGGAAUAUUUAAAAACUAUAAGUACACCCUACCCUCCACACAAGAAAGCCGCAGCCGAACCUAGACACAUAAGCCGUGUAAAUAAUAUUUGUAAAAAAAAAACACACACACAAAAUAAUAAAUUAAUAAAAAUGAAUCAAUGAACGAAUAAAGAAAAAAAACGAAAACCAUGCACAAAGGCAGCAGCAGGACCCCCGUGCGGAGGCAAACAUUAAUUAAAGCUAUGAUAAAAAAAAAAAUAAAAAUACAAACUAAUUAGUUGCAUAAGAAAAAUCAAUAAAAAAUAAAAUCAAAAGUGAAUAUCGGGGCAGAAUGCAGUUUAAUUGGGUUUAUAUUUGUAUUUCAAUUGUGGCUUUAAUUUGCGGUUUCUGUUUGAUUUUUAUUUAAUUGUUAAUUUGACGGAAGACGAAACUUUGUUUUAGACUAAAUUUACAUACUAAAUGCAAAAUAUAUAUUAUAUAUAAAUACAAUAUAUAUUUAUCUAAUAUUUAAUGUCGAAUCGAAAGAAUUUAGUGCGUAUGAGUCGUAUGUGUUAGGAUGGAAUAAUGUUGAGAGUAUAUUCUACUGAAAGUAAAAGUAAAAACCAACUAUUUUUGGAGAUUCAGAUGCUAAAGGACUCUGCAUUGAUUUCACAACAAAAACAAAAAAGAAAACAUUUAGAUAAUGUUUGAAAAACAAAUGUCGACAAAAACCAAAAAUAUAUUGUAAAUCAAAAACGAAAAAAAAAAAACGAAUAAAAUCUUCUAAAAUAAAACGAAAAUUAUUUGAUCGCAUGUUGCAAAGCGGUCAAAUAACUGAAAAAUCAAAUAACGAAAACUGAAUGAAAAACUGGCAAGCCCAAAACCCCCAAAAACUAAAUUUAAAACUAAACUAACAAAACAAAAACACUAAGAAUAAAAUGUAAAAUCAAACUUAAAUACAGGAAAACACACACAAAAACAAAACACAACCCCGAAGGCAAUGAUGAAGCGCGAUGAAAUUAUAUAUUAAAUAUGCAUAUAAUUAUGGAUAAUUUAAUGGAUGUUAAGCAAAGGCCACACAAAAUGGUCAAAACCAGAAUCAAACCACACGCCCCCUAAAGAGGCAACAAAACGAAAAGAAAAACAAAAAACCAAAACAAAAAACCAAAAAGACAACCAAAUGCACGCCACAAAAUGGGCGUGGAAUUUAGCUCAAAAUUAAAUGCGAUAAAGGCAAGAAUUAUAUGAUGAAAUAAAUAAAUAAU